AUGUCUUUCAGGAUUUCUGGGUAUCUUGUUUCUGACACAAACUUCCUGUUGGGCGUGAAUUCGUAUGUGCCGAUUGCAUUAUGCUGUGAGGGUGGAAAUGAGUGGCACGUUGCUGCGAGCUGGGCUGACGACGUCGCUUCAUCGAAACGUCCGAAUCUCUGUGCCCGUCGCAUGCCAGACUGGAAAAUAAUAACAGGGGUAGAGGGCGGCACGUCUUCCGACAUCUCCCAGGAGGAAUUUGAUGCCUUGUGGAUGGAGGCGAAUACGUGGGGCCUUCUGAAGGAUGUAAUGCCGCAGUCUGAGGCAGACGAUUACUAUACCGUUAUGAAAGAGCUGGAUGUCAUGAACGGAGGCCGUGAUCAGUCAAUGAUUAGCAGUUGA